AGCGGAUAGAACAGUUCCAAAGCUGGGAGGGAGGGACCAACCAUAAAAACAGAGAUAAACCAUAUUCUCUCACUCUCUCCCUCUCCGUAACAAUGGCGGCGCUGCUAGAGCCACCGCCACCAUUUCUAAACCCACUCUUUCCUCCGAGCUCAAACCCCACCCGCCCCCUUCCCCACAAUCUCAAAUUCAAAAGAUUCAACCUUUAUACCAACCCCACCCUCCAUUCCCAACCCACCACUUGCUGCGCCGCCGCUCCCCAACCCGAAUUCCCCGACCCGACCCGCGACCGCCGCCGAGCCGUCCGGCUGGCCUGGGAGAAGCUUGUCCGGUGGUCCCGGUCGUUGCGCUCCAAGAACAAGACAGAUGUUCUUGAACGCACUAACAAGGUGGUGGUGCUCGGAGGUGGGUCUUUUGCGACGGCGAUGGCGGCCCACGUUGCAGAUAGAAAGGAUCAGAUGGAAGUUAACAUGCUGGUGCGUGAUGCUCAAGUUUGUCAGUCUAUUAAUGAGAACCAUUAUAAUGGUAAGUACUUCCCAGAACAUAAGCUACCGGAGAAUGUGAUUGCAACCACUGAUGCCAAAGCUGCUUUGCUUAAUGCUGACUAUUGCCUCCAUGCAGUCCCUGUGCAGUUCAGCGCAUCGUUUCUUGAGGGAAUUGCGGAAUAUGUAUAUCCAGAGUUGCCGUUCAUAUCUGUUAGCAAGGGUUUGGAGCUCAAUACAUUGAGGACAAUGUCUCAGAUCAUCCCCCAAGCAUUGAAGAAUCCUCGCCAGCCUUUCAUUGCGCUAUCAGGGCCUUCUUUUGCUCUGGAGCUGAUGAACAAAUUACCAACAGCGAUGGUGGUAGCGUCAAAAGACAAAAAAUUGGCUAAUGCAGUUCAGCAGUUACUAGCUUCUAGCUAUCUAAGAAUCAGCACUUCAAGUGAUGUCACAGGGGUAGAAGUUACAGGUGCUCUCAAGAAUGUGCUUGCAAUAGCCGCAGGUAUUGUGGAUGGGAUGAAUCUUGGUAAUAAUUCUAAGGCCGCUCUUGUUUCACAGGGAUGCUCAGAGAUAAGAUGGCUGGCAACUAAGAUGGGUGCGAAGCCGACAACAAUCACUGGUCUAUCUGGAAUUGGAGAUAUUAUGCUUACAUGUUUUGUAAACCUUUCUAGAAACAGAACAGUUGGGGUUCGUCUUGGAUCAGGGGAGAAACUUGAUGACAUACUUGGUUCCAUGAAUCAGGUGGCAGAAGGUGUAUCGACAGCAGGAGCAGUGAUUGCGCUAGCGCAGAAAUAUAACGUCAAGAUGCCAGUUUUGACUGCAGUAGCUCGGAUUAUUGACAAUGAACUGACCCCCAAGAAAGCUGUUUUCGAGCUGAUGAGCCUCCCUCAGGUUGAAGAAGUCUGAACCUGAGGCUACUUGAAUUAGUGAUAGCUCCGGCACAAACAAAACAGUUCAGCAUACAGUGACAUUCAUUCUUUUUCUGAUCAUAUACCCUCCUAAAAAUUGGGUCAGGAGAACAAUUUUGUGAAUCAUUGAUUAUAUACUUUUCCAGAACUUGUCAGAAAGAGGAAAUCUAAAAGUAGGGUUUGAAUCUUCUCAAGUCCUGAAUUUACAGGAAUUCUUUGAUGAAUGAGCAAAUAGAAUCUUUGACCCUAUAUUUUCUUCAAGUUAUCAUUUUCUUC